AUGCAGAGUUGUAGAGAUGCAGAGUUGCAGAGUUGCAGAGAUGCAGAGGUUUCAUUGUUGGUGCUGAUGGAUUUGAAGAAUACAUCUAUAUCAUUAGAUUUGCCUUUCCUCUCACCUUAUCUUAAAGUGGGAACUAUGUCAUUUUCUUCAAGGUUGUCGGGAGUAAAUUUUGCAAUAGCAGGUAGCACUGCAUUGGAUUCUUCUUUCUUAAAUAGUAGAGGUGUUGUCACUCUAACACCUUUAUCUUUAAGUGCUCAAACAAAUUGGAUGCCAAGACCAUUUUUCAAAAUCUUUGCUCUUAUACAACAAGGAGCUAAAAAUAUUAUUGUUCAAGCCAUUCCACCAUUAGGAUGUUCUCCAUUAAUCAUUACUUUACGACAACUUAUCUCUAGAGACUUUGAUGAAAAUGGGUGUCUAAUAUCAUACAAUCAGAUUUCUCAAAACUAG